AUGAUCAGCUCAAGGAGUUCUACAAAACCUGAAAGUCGUACAACCAUCGUGAUUGCUCAUCGUUUGACAACUAUUCGAAAUGCACAUCGUAUUUAUGUCUUGGAUAAAGGAGGUGUAAUCGAAGAAGGAACCCAUGAGACAUUGAUGGUUAAAGAAGGAGGUAUAUAUCGAGCUAUGAUUAAAGCUCAACGUAUAGAAGAAACGGAAGAUAAGGCUGAUGAACACAUGCGCAAAACAAAUUCCGAAGAGGAAGAAAAAGACAAACAAGGAGAAGAUCGAAUGUGUAUGUUAAUUACUUGA